AUGCUCGCUCGAGGCGUGUCGCUCGCGUCCCGGCGCGUUCUACGCAUCGCCGGCGAGGAGGCCAUUCCCUUCCUCCAGCGCAUCCUCACCAACGACGUGCGCUCCCUCGCCGACGCGGGCGCCGCACCCGUCUACGCGGCGCUCCAAAACGCGCAGGGCAGGGUGCGCCACGACCUCUUCCUCCACCGGGAGUUCGGGGGCGCGCUGCUCGCGGACCUGCCCGCGGACGGUUUUAAAGACGCGCUGGACGCCCUCGUCAAGCUCAAGCUCCGCUCGCCGGUGACCCUGGACGACGCGGGCGAGGAACUCAGGGUGGUGGUCGCCGGGGGCGAACGGAGCGACCGGCGCGAUCCCACCGCCGACGGUUCCGCCGAGUGGGUCCCUCCAGUCGACGCGGAGUCCGCGGACGACGACAUCCUCUCCUUCCUCCAACCCGACCCGCGGUGGCACGGCCUCGGACUCCGCGGCGUCAUCCCGGCGGCGGCCGCGGCGGAGCUCCUUCCCGCCGGCGCGGACCCCGAAGAAGCCGAGGCUGCGUACGCCCAGUGGAGGUACACACUCGGCGUCGCCGAGGGAUCCGAAGAGCUCGGCGGCUUGCUCCCGCUCGAGUGCAACCUCGCGGGACUCAACGCGAUAUCGUUCGAUAAGGGAUGCUACAUCGGACAGGAGCUCACCGCGCGGACGCACCACACCGGGGUGGUUCGCAAGCGCAUCGUCCCGGCGCUCUUCGCCAGGCGGAGCCAGUGGAUCGCGAAGGACUCCGCGGGCGUCGGCGGCCGAGCGUCCACGCCGCAGGAGAAGUGGUCCGGGCACGAGGUUCCGACCCGGAACGGCGACGCGAACACCAACGAACAACAAAAGCCGAGGGCGCGCCCCGGCAUGGACGUGUUCCUGGACGGCGCACCCACGACGGGGAAGCCGGUGGGUAAGGUCAUCGCCGCGAGGGGCGACGUCGGGCUGAUUUUGCUGAGGAUCGAGCACCUGGCCAAGGCGGAUUCGGCGGAGGACCUCGCGCUGGUGGCGCACGGGAACGACGAACGGUGUCACGUCGACGCGAGGGUGAAUAUACCGGACUGGUGGGACGACACGUGGCUCCAGUCCUCCCUGCGGUGA